UUGAUUUGAUUUGAGAAAAAAAGCAGAUAAAUUUCCCACUCCUGGCAAUCCGAAUGUUGAAUAGCGCAUCGUCCCACCGAGGCAGGCGGGACUUAUGUUGUUGCGAUUAAUAAGAACACCCCGCGCCCCUAAUUCAAUUACAAUUUCUUCCAUUUUCUAAUCCCAAUUUUACCCUUCUCCUUCAUCUUCAUCCUCACAAUUACAAUUUACAAUAACAAAACCUUGUUUUUGUUCAAAACCCUAACAACCCAUUCAUGGCCGCACCACCACCCACCAAAGACCAAGUCCUCUCUCUCCUCGCCGCCGCCAACAACCACGGCGACAUCUCCGUCAAGACCACUUCCCUCAAACAAGCCAAAGACCUUCUUCUCUCCAUCGACCCCUCUCUCGCUGCAGACCUUUUCCCUUAUCUCCUCGAACUUCAGUCUUCUCAUCAACCUCUCGUUCGCAAAUUGCUCAUUCAGAUAAUUGAAGAGAUUGGUUUUAGAGCCGUUCAACAUUCUCCUACAUUAAUUUCUUCAUUAUUAACGUUUUUAAGAGACACUGAUGCAACUGUCGUAAAGCAGUCUAUUAUUAGUGGAACAAACAUCUUCUGUGCUUGUUUUGAGGAGUUGAUUUUGCAGUUUCAACAAUGUGGUAAAGUUGAGAGGUGGUUAGAAGAGAUUUGGAUGUGGAUGUUUAAGUUCAAGGAGGCUGUUUUUGAGAUUGCUCUUGAGGGUGGUUCUGUUGGAAUAAAGUUGCUGGCACUGAAAUUCUUGGAGAUUUUUGUAUUACUUUUUACAUCUGACAUCAGUGAUUCUGAGAAAUCAGCUACUGAAGGAGUCAGGCAAGCUGUUAAUAUCUCAUGGUUGGUGGGUUCUCACCCUGUUCUUGAUCCAAUGGUGCUUAUGACAGAGGCAAAUAGGACAAUUGGCAUUUUAUUAAAAUUGUUGCAGUGUGCUGGCAAUACCCCCGGUUGCUUGACAAUUACUGUUGUGAAUUGUUUAGCAGCUAUUGCAAGGAAAAGGUCACAACAUUAUGAUACUAUCCUUUCAGCAUUACUUGAUUUUGAUCCAAAUGUUCAAACAGUGAAAGGAUGUCAUGUUCCCAGUAUUCAGUACUCUUUAAGAACAGCUUUUUUAGGUUUUCUAAGAUGCACUUAUUCUCCAAUAAUAGAGUCAAGAGAAAGACUGAUAAGGAGCCUGCGAGCCAUGAAUGCAGGCGAUGCAGCUGAUCAGGUAAUUCGGCAAGUAGACAAAAUGAUUAAAAGUGCUGAUCGCUUUAUCCGUGAUGCUCGAGUUAACAAGGAUGAUCAACCAUCAAAUCAGUUGCCCGUUUCAGGGGAGUCAUCUAGGAAAAGACCUGUUCCUCAUGAUAAUGAACAAUUGGCCAAUGGUCAUGAGGCGAUUGCUAAGCGGAUUCGUUCUGGUCCUGACUCUGACUUUACCUUACCUGCUCAAGUUAAUGAUUCUGGGAGGGAUCAUAGCUCCGUUAACGGAGUGUCACCUAAUGUUCCUGUUUUGGAAAGUGAACUAACUGCUGUGGAGCAAAUGAUUGCCGUUAUUGGUGCUUUGAUUGCUGAAGGAGAAAGAGGCGCCAAAUCUCUUGAAAUACUUAUAUCACAGAUUCAUCCUGAUCUAUUGGCUGAUAUUGUCAUAGCUAAUAUGAAGCACCUGCCUAAGGCACCCCCACCACUAGCAAGGCUUGAGAGUCCAUCAGUAACUCGACCAGUAGGUUCCCUCGUCAGUCAAUCGCAUGUUAUAACAACAUCUGCUUCAAUGAGUUCUGUCCAAUCCUUGACUGUUUCUGCCCAAGCACAGGUCUCUUCAACUACAGCCAUUUCUGCUGCCACUACUUCAUCACCAUCCGACACAUCUAAUUUCAGUAACCUUCCUGCUGAUUCUAAACGCGAUCCACGCCGGGACCCUCGUCGCCUUGAUCCGCGGCGUGGAGCAAUAACUCCUGGAGGAGCAGCUGUCUCAGUUACAGACGAUACUGCGGCCACACAUUUAGAAUCUGAGGAUCCCGUGUCUUUUAUUAAACCUGCCUCACAUCAUGUUGCAAGCACCGAUGAUGAUAUCCAAUCAAAUUUAACAAUCAAAAUAGAAAAUGAUGACAUGAUCUCCGAAGGCCCUCCAGUUCCAGGACCUGACCGGGUUAGUCCCAAAACAGAGACUCUUGAAGGGCCUGGAGAUCACCAGAUUAUGGAAGCAAAUGCUUCUAUGGAUCCUGAGGUCUAUUCCACUGAUUCAAAAGAUGAGAAUCUGAGUACAGCAAAUCUUUUGGACGAUAAUGAAACAAAUGGGAUAGAUUCAUCAUCUAUUUUAGAGUUUGAUCAGUUUUCUGUUGACGUACAAGUGUCACCCACAUCAGAAGAUACCUGUCUGGAGUUGCCACAGCUUCCACCUUACAUCCAACUAUCCCAAGAACAGGAAAGUAAGGUGAAACACAUGGCUAUUAGCCACAUAAUAGAGUCAUACAAUCAUUUGCAAGGGGCAGAUUGUCAACAGUUUUGCAUGCCACUACUAGCUAGACUUGUAGCUCAGAUUGAUAAUGAUAAUGUGAUCAUUACGAUGCUGCAAAAACACAUUCUGGAAGACCACUGGCGAAAGGGGCAUGAACUUGUUCUGCAUGUCCUGUACCAUCUUCACUCCUUGAUGAUAUUGGAUUCAGCAGGAAACACUUCAUCUUCUGCUGUUUUAUAUGAUAACUUUCUCUUGGGAGUGGCCAAAACUGUAUUGGAUUCUUUUCCAGCUUCAGACAAGUCUUUUAGCAAACUUCUUGGUGAAGUUCCGUUUCUGCCUGAAUCUGCCUUGAAGAUUUUGGAUGAUCUAUGCUAUUCUGAUGUUGUUGAUCAUGAUGGAAAAAUUAUCCGUGACAUUGAGCGUGUGACUCAAGGCCUUGGUGCUAUCUGGAGUUUAAUUUUGGGUCGUCCACAAAACCGACAAGGCUGCUUAGGAAUAGCAUUGAAGUGUGCUGUUCAUCCACAGGACGAGAUUCGAGCUAAAGCUAUUCGGCUGGUGACAAAUAAGCUCUUUCAGCUUAGUUACAUAGCUGAAGAUGUUGAGAAAUUUGCGACAAAAAUGCUUCUCUCUGCAGUAGAUCACGAAGUUUCAAAUGCAGCGCAAUCUGGACCUACUGAACAAAGAACAGAGGCACAGGUCGAAAGUCUUGAAAUAAGUGGUACUUCACAGGUUAAAGAGCCCAAAAAUGACCCUGCUGGAGUUGCUAAACCAUCAAGUCAAAGUGUUUCAUCUAUAUCGUUUUCUGAGGCACAACGCCUCAUUUCUUUAUUUUUUGCUCUAUGUACAAAGAAACCCAGUCUUCUACAGAUUGUAUUUGAUGUCUAUGGGCAAGCCUCAAGAACUGUAAAGCAGGCUUUUCAUCGCCACAUUCCUAAUCUUGUGAGGGCCCUAGGGCAAUCUUAUUCUGAAUUGCUCCAUAUCAUAUCUGAUCCACCAAAAGGAAGUGAAAAUCUUCUGACACUGGUGCUGCAAAUAUUGACUCAAGACACAACACCGUCUUCUGAUUUGAUAUCUACCGUUAAACAUUUAUAUGAAACCAAGUUUAGAGAUGUUACAAUUCUUGUUCCAUUAUUGUCAUCGCUCUCCAAAACGGAGGUUUUACCAAUUUUCCCCCGACUUGUGGACCUUCCAUUGGAAAAGUUUCAAAGGGCACUUGCCCACAUACUACAGGGUUCAGCUCAUACAGGUCCAGCUUUAACACCUGUAGAAGUUUUGGUUGCAAUCCAUGGAAUUGUUCCUGAGAAAGAUGGCCUAGCACUUAAGAAGAUAACAGAUGCUUGCUCAGCUUGUUUUGAACAACGUACAGUGUUCACUCAGCAGGUUUUGGCCAAGGCAUUGAAUCAGAUGGUUGAUCAAACACCACUGCCUCUGCUUUUCAUGAGAACGAUUAUUCAGGCCGUUGAUGCUUUUCCUGCACUGGUUGAUUUUGUCAUGGAGAUACUCUCAAAACUUGUGACCAAACAGGUGUGGCGUAUGCCAAAACUUUGGGUUGGUUUCUUAAAAUGUGUAUAUCAGACGCAGCCACGUUCUUUUCAUGUAUUAUUGCAGUUACCGCCUCAACAACUGGAAAGUGCACUCAACAAGCAUGCCAAUCUCAGAGGUCCCCUUGCUUCUUAUGCCAACCAACCAACUGUAAAAUCUUCACUUAGUAGAUCAACUUUAGUUGUUCUCGGCCUUGCAAAUGAAACACACGUGCAGCAACAUUUACCGACAUCAUUGCACCAUUCUGAGACAAGUACUUCCGUUAGUGGGGCAACUCUGACAUGAUAGUUGAUUGACUGGCAGAAUUUUAGUCCAUGGCCCAAUUGAAAAUAUGGUCGAUGAGCUCGUCAAUUUCCGGGGUUUCCAGGCAACUAACGUGGAAACCCACAGAUUAAUAGUUCAUAUAGUGAUCGUCGACAAAUUGUUUGAACCAACCAGAAUGCAGCUUAUUGAGUGUUUAUAUAACCCAGUUGGUUGAAUCAAAGGCGUGCAUUCACAAUUGUAUCAACAAAUUUCCUCUCCAUGAUUGGUGCCUCUUUCAAGUGCUCGAGGAAAUCCUCCCAGCCUCCUUCCAUGACUGUAUCAUAGUUUUUUGUGGGUUUUUCAUUGUAUUUUUAUUAUAUUAUUAUUCAUCCAAUUUUGAUGUAUUUUUACCUUUUUUGGUCAUGAAAUGUGACUCUGCAUAUAUGUGUAAUUGCAUGAUCAUCAUUCUCUAAAGGAUGCGAUAGUCCUGAUAAAAAUGCAAUUAAGCUGCUGAAAGCCCCGAAUAAGAUUAAGGGUUCGUCUGUUGUAGCUUUUUUAAAAAAAA